AUGGCCUCGAUGUUAGGGAAGCGAAAAAGGCGGACGAUUGAAAUCUCGAAGGGGGAUAGAGACGAGAGUGGGGAGUCAGAUGCCUCCGGACUGGAUGUACAGGAAAUAUUUCGGCGACAUUUCGAAGCGCAAUUCAAGCCUCUCCCAGCAGCCCAGAAAUCUUUGAAACCAGUCGCUGAAGAAUCAGCAGACGAAUCGGAGGAAGACUCAGACUGGGAAGGAAUCUCGGACGACGAAGAGAACGCUGUGCAGGUGGUGGAGCACACAGAGGCACAGGCACGAGCCGCAGCAAUGUCAAAGGAGGAGCUGAAAUCGUUCAUGAGCUCGAAACUCCCCAAAUCCGCUCCAUUAGUCUCCGUUCUACGCGACAAAGCAGGAGCAUCAAUCGAAGACGACCCCUCCGAAGCUGCAAAUCUCAAGAAAGAUCUAGCACUCCAACGACUCCUUGCCGAAUCACAUCUCCUCGAUUCGGCGAGAAGCCCUACAUUAAGCGGCAAUAAUCGUCACAAAGCUACAGAUUUACGGUUACAAGCGUUGGGGUCAAAGACAUCGAUUCUAAAGCAGGAGAAAAUGCCAAUGUCACACCGGAAAGGUAUCAUCACGAAAAAUAGCGAGAAGGAGGAUAGGAGACGGAGAGAGGCAAGAGAGAAUGGAAUUAUUCUGGAGAAGGCCAAGAUGAAGAAGACUAGUGAGGGAAUGAGAGAUCGAGGCGUUGGAGCUCCGGGUGUUGGAAAGUUUUCUGGAGGGACGUUGAAGUUGAGCAAGAAGGAUAUUUCAGAUAUUGAGGGGCCACAGAGGGGUACUGCUGGAAGGGGUGGGAGGGGUGGCGGUAGGGGGAGAGGGAAGCGUGGGAGAUGA